AUGGCCGAUGGUGAAUCUCCUUUAAAAGAUGAUCAAAAGGAAUUUGAGGCUUUAAGGAAAAAUUUCACAUCACUAAAAGAUAAUUUACAAACUAAGCAAGUUGCUUCGGAAUUAUUCAACGAAGGUGUUUUAUCUCUGGAGGAAUUGCGAAAUAUUACUAAUAAUUUGUCGCAAUUGCAGAUCGAUUCUGAUGCCAAUUUCAAACUGUUAAAUUUACUUUUCAGUAAAACGGUUAAUCAAUUCCACGUCUUUUUAAAAAUCAUUACUCAACCUUCAUGUAAUUGUCGACAUAUUGGGGAAGAGAUAAAGAAAGAUAUCAAUGUCGAUAAAAAUACAGCCAGACCAGAUGAAAACAAGGAUACAGAUUUAAGUAAUAAUGCCUUAUCUGAGCAAGAUCUCGCUAGAUGGGGAGAUAACCUACGUCAAACAUUCGAUUUUUUCGCUUCUCGGCUUCAGAGAAACGAUUUUAAGAAAGUGGCAAAUAAACUUAAGCUAAAGGAGCAAGAUACUGACGAUAUUAGUCACGAUGAGCGUGGCAGUUAUAAUCAGUAUUAUAAACUUUUUUUGACCUGGUCUUGCAGUAAGGGAAAAUCAGGUACAUUAGAUGUCUUCCUGAAAGCAUUACAGAAAUCUGAAAUGCAAAAGGCCAUUGAUAAAUAUUACGAUGCCAUCCGAUCGGGCGAAGUAACAACCACUUUGUAG